AUCGAUAAAUGAAUUGUUUCACACAGGCCUAAGAUGCAGCUGUUUAUUAUGUUGGCAUAUUUGUUCCAAGGAAUUAGAUAUUCAGAAGAACUCAUAAGAUGGAACAUUAAACAUGGAGAAGAAAUGCUAAAGAAGAUUACUGUGGAUCCAGAAUGCUUUAUGAAUGUUACUGAAAUUAUCAGGUACCAUGGAUACCCCAGUGAGGAAUAUGACGUUACAACAGAAGAUGGAUAUAUCCUUAGCCUUAACAGAAUUCCUGGUGGGAAGAACCGUGGGAACACAGGGCAAAAGCCAGUAGUGUUUUUGCAACAUCCACUCCUAGGAGAUGCUACCCACUGGAUUUCAAACCUGGACAACAACAGCCUGGGCUUCGUGCUAGCAGAUGCUGGCUUUGAUGUUUGGAUGGGAAACAGCAGAGGGAACACUUGGUCUAUAAAACACAAGACACUUAAACCUGACCAACAGAAGUUCUGGGAGUUCAGUUUUGAUGAGAUGGGUAAAUAUGACAUUCCAGCAGCUCUCUACUUUGCCAUGAAUAAAACGGGACAAAAGGAGCUGUACUAUGUUGCCCAUUCAGAAGGCACAACGUUAGGUUUUGUAGCAUUUUCCAUUAGGCCAGACUUGGCUCAAAGAAUAAAAAUGUUCUUUGCCUUGGGGCCGGUAGCCACAAUUACAUUUGCCAAAAGCCCUGCGAUAAAGUUUGCCUGUCUUCCUGAAACACUUCUCAAGACUGUAUUAGGAACUAAAGGAGUCUUUCCUCAGAAUGAACAUCUGAAAAAGCCUGUUACCCUAUUGUGUACCAAGCUGGAUAAGUUUUGUGCAAGUUUCCUCUCUUUUGUGGCUGGGCGUAAUGAGCAAAACUUAAAUACGAGUCGGUUAGCUAUGUACGUCGGACAUUCGCCUGCUGGAACAUCUGUACAGAAUAUCUUACAUUGGCGCCAGGUAUUGUAUUCAAAGCAAUUGCAAGCUUAUGACUAUGGCUCUAAGGAAAAGAACAUGGAGAAAUACAAUCAGACUACCCCUCCUAUAUACAAGAUAGAAGAACUGAAAAUGCCCAUUGCUGUUUGGAGUGGUGGACAUGACUUGUUUGCAGACCCAAAGGACGUGGCCGCAUUACUCGGUCAAAUUACUAAUCUCAUUUACCACAAGCAUUUUCCUGAAUGGGAACAUCUAGAUUUUACCUGGGGUCUUGAUGCAGCUAAGCGCAUGUAUGUGAAAGUCAUUGAGCUGAUGAAGAAGCAUCCCUGA